UCGCCAUAGACAAUCUGCGGUCACCAUUAGCAACAGCUCCGUCGCUCCAGGACCAGUGGAGAUGGGCUCAGGCGGAGAAGACAGACCGAGCAGCACCGAGACCGACGGCCGUUUACACUAGCGGUUUCCGACCCGGGUUGUUUCUUUUUCCCCCCUCGCCCCAGCUCCCCUCCACUCCCGGCCCGCGGCAGGCCAGGGAAUGUCCCGGCGGCGAGAUGCCUUACGUGGACCGACAGAACCGCAACUGUGGCUUCCUGGACAUAGAGGAGAACGAGAGCAGCGGCAAGUUCCUGCGUCGCUACUUCAUACUGGACACGCAGCAGGGGAGCUUGGUGUGGUUCAUGGACAACCCGCAGAACCUGCCUGCCGGCACAGACUGCGUCGGUUCCCUCAAGCUCACCUACAUCUCUAAGGUCAGCGACGCCACCAAGCUGAGGCCCAAGGCCGAGUUCUGCUUCGUCAUCAACGCUGGGAUGAGGAAGUACUUCCUGCAGGCCAACGAUCAGCAGGACCUGGUGGACUGGGUCAACGCUCUCAAUAAUGCCACCAAGAUCACUGUGCCAAAGUUGUCAGACGGGCAGCAGAACGCAGAGAACCAUAAGGCUUUACCGGAUGUCGUAGGGCCAAAGAAACAAGUGUCCUACAAGACGGAGAUCUUUGGAGGCGUCCCCAUCGUCACUCAGACGCAGCACGACGGCGGCGACGGCGCCAGCAGAACGGAGCGUGAGGCUCUGCAUCGCUCCCACAGCCAGCUGCCCUACUUCCAGGCGAGGCCGACUCAGGAGCACACCGUCAUCAAGUCGGGCUACUGCGUCAAGCAGGGCGCCGUGAUGAGGAACUGGAAGCGGCGCUAUUUUCUUCUGGAGGAAAACUCAAUGAGUUACUUUAAGUCAGAUUUGGAGAAAGAGCCGCUGAGAAUGAUCCCGCUGAAGGAAGUUCACAAAGUCCACGAGUGCAAACAGAGUGACAUCAUGAUGAGAGAUAAUCUGUUUGAAGUCGUCACCACAUCCAGGACUUUUUACAUCCAGGCGGACAGCCAAGAGGAGAUGCACAGCUGGAUUAAGGCCGUCUCGGGGGCCAUCGUGGCCCAGCGGGGUCCAGGGAGAUCAGCUGCCACAAUGCGGCAGGCCAGACGGCUGUCGAACCCCUGUAUACAGAGGUAUACGUCUCGAAUCGGGGAGUGCAGCAGCACUCUGCUGCAGCUGUGCACCUGUCUUAGAUGUGUGACAUCCUGCUUGUCUCUCCUCUUCCCUCCUGUUCGCUGCCUGACCAUGGCGGCCGCUCCCAUUUCUACCGCAGCCCCGCGGGGCCCCCCGCCCCUCGCUCGCCCAUAUCUGCCAUGCCACCAUGCCACCCCGAGUGGGGGGCUGCCGUCCCGUACGGCACACGCCCGCAGCCUGGCGUGGGACAGCGAGCACUUCAUGAGCCUGCUGCCCCGGCCCAGCCACAGCCGCGCGCCGGCGCGCCUUUCCCUGCAGGAGGCGCGACUGGCCAAGUGAGCCGCGAGCCGCCCGCGGACGGCGUCAACGGCGCCGAGGAGUCGCCGUGGCGACGGCGGAGCAGCUUUGAGCCCCACGUGCCCGAAUCCGGCGUGGACCUGGACGACGGCGACCUGCCAGUGAGCGAGGUCUGAGCCCGCCGGAAGGGGGGGGGGGGGACGACCAGGACGCCAGAACUCGGUUUGGACGUUGCCGACGAUCCUGGAGAGGGAAGCCUGCGCGCGUCAUGUAUGGAGCUCCUCUGUUGGUGUGCUUAAGAUAAAAGUUGGGUCACCGCCACUGAACUGCACUCGCGUGCCAAAGACGACACGCCCCCCCGCCCCCGACCCUUCAACGCCCCCCGCCCACGUUCUGCCUACAUGCUGUCGCAUUUACAAAUGACAUAUUUAUUUACUGAGUUGAUGUUGUCAAAUUCUAGUGAACUCGUGCUGAUUACAAUUGAUUGACGGAGCUUCGUUUGAACCCGCGGAGGCAGAAGUCAGACGGAGGGCUUUUGUAAACCGAGAAAAUAAGGGAACUUUUAAAAAGGUGGCAAACAUUCAGAGUUCAAACUGAGGACUGGCUUUUCGUCACCUUAUCUACUAAUUUACAUGUGCGCUGCGCACACACACACACACACACACACACACUAUUGUACAGGAUUUGUCUGCGAUGGAGAUGUGGCUCGAGCUUAGUGUGAAAUCAUUGGCUCACUCAAAUGCAAAUUGUAAUUCAAAGAUCCGGGACUGUUCCAGGACAAGAUGCAAAGAAUUUAAAAUGUGUGUCUAUAAAAAGAACAAAUGUAUCGCAGCCACAAUGUUUCUAAGCUUUUUUUUGUCUUCAUUUUUAAUUGACCGGAAGGUUAAUUCAAAUGAAAUAAAGGUGUCCUCGGUGUGAUUUUUAGUCGAGUACGUGCCAAAGUAGCUCACGUCUGCUGUCAGUAGUUUGUACAGUUCAUCACACCUCCUGGUGAAGUGAAAGUUCUUUGCAGCAGCACAAAACAUACUAUGAAAGUUAUCACCGUACAAAUAUCACUUCACAUCCUAAAUGAACCUUUUUUUUUUUUUUGUUCCACAUUUUAACACGACUGUGUGCGCGUGUGGACUCAUCCUUUUGUGACUGGAUCUCGUGGGGAGUCAACGAGCAGUCCAAGGUGAACGCGUGUGUGCAUGUUUGUAAUUCACAGUAAUAAAGCUGGAAACGCAGCGCUUUUCUCGUUACGGAUGAUCGCCGUUACCUGAUGGAUCGAAUAAUUGCUCUGGGAUGAGUCAAUUAAACCUGCAGUCCGGCGUUUGAAGAUGAGCGCUGUCGGAACACCGUGGAAACAUUUUUAACCAUCGUCUCACAUCGAAAACAAUCAGAACGAUGAAUGAUCCCUCAGAUCGUCUCUGUGCUGAAUAGAACCGAGUGCAGCACAUUUUUUCCCCCUCUUUUAAGACGUUUCGUGUUCCUGUGUAUCUGACCCAGUAGCAGGCAGCUGCCUUGAGGUUUUAUGUAUAAAAAUGUCUCACUGUAGUGCUGAUAAAUAACGCGCACCAAUGUCUUCUUUUUUGUUGUUUUAAGUGCCUGCUUCCUCUCAGCCCAACCAAGUCAAACUAUAUCACCCCUUUUCAGUCUGGUGUUACUGAUUUGAAUUGUCUAUUUAUUACGUGGAUGACUUGAAAGAAAUAAACACUGACAAUGUGCUCGGGU